GAAAACCAAAAAAAAUCAAAUGGUUUCUAAGAACUAUAAUCAUUUGACAUGUGCGGUCGUGAACGUGGGUAAAAUAAUGCAGAGUAUUGACUAUUCUAUACUUUUCUGGCUGUUUUUUGGUGUCUUCUCUUACGUAAACCAUGAAGGAAAGCCUCGGAUUUAGGAUUAUACCAUAAUAACUGUUUCUUCUUUUAUUUCCCUUUAUUUCUGUGCUUUCUGCACAAUAUAGUGUUUCAACUAGUAUAGGAGGUGAUUCAUAAGUUGGUGUAUAUAGAUUAGAAUCAAACAUGUAUUCCAAGAGAGAGAACAAGGAGGAUGGCAACGCAGAGCAUCCUUAUGAGGAAAUGGACCCUACUGGUCGAUAUGGCAGGUUUGGAGAUGUUCUUGGAAAAGGGGCGAUGAAGACAGUGUACAAAGCAAUUGAUGAGGUCCUUGGAUUAGAGGUAGCAUGGAACCAGGUCAGACUCAGUGAGGCACUUCGCACACCGGAAGAUUUGCAGCGGCUUUACUCAGAGGUUCAUCUCCUCGGUACCCUCAAGCACCAGUCCAUCAUACGGUUCUACACCUCUUGGAUUGAUGUUGAUAACAAGGCCUUCAACUUUGUUACAGAAAUGUUCACAUCUGGAUCGCUGAGAGAAUACAGGAAGAAAUAUAAGAGAGUCAGCAUACAAGCAAUUAAGAGUUGGGCUCGCCAAAUCUUACAGGGUCUAGUUUAUCUACAUGGUCAUGAUCCACCAGUAAUCCAUAGGGACCUCAAAUGUGAUAACAUAUUUGUCAAUGGCCAUCUUGGACAAGUGAAAAUUGGUGACCUGGGACUAGCUGCAUUUCUCCGUGGUUCCCAGUCAGCCCACAGUGUUAUAGGCACCCCGGAGUUCAUGGCACCAGAAUUGUAUGAGGAAGAAUACAAUGAACUUGCUGAUGUUUACUCAUUUGGCAUGUGUGUAUUGGAAAUGCUUACAUCUGACUAUCCAUACAGUGAAUGUUCUAAUCCAGCACAAAUCUACAAGAAAGUGACAUCGGGGAAGCUACCAAUGGCACUUUUCCGGAUUGAAGACAUGGAAGCGCGGAAGUUUAUUGCAAAAUGCCUAGUACCUGCAGCAAACAGACCAUCGGCAAAGGAUUUGUUGCUUGAACCUUUUCUUGUGUCUGAUGAUUCGUCAUCAACAAUAAAGUUUGGUAUUCAGAAGCCUUUUUUGAAUGACAAUGAGAUGGAAAAAUUGCAAUUGAGUGAUCAUUUUCCUAGGACUGGAAUGAAAAUAAUAGGGAAGCUGAAUCCUGAAGAUAAUGCUAUCUUUCUCAAAGUUCAAAUUUCUGAUAAGGAUGGUUCUGUUAGGAAUGUAUUUUUUCCCUUUGACAUUUUCACUGACACCCCCAUUGAUGUUGCAAUGGAGAUGGUAAAAGAACUAGAGAUUUCUGAUUGGGAGCCUUUGGAAAUUGCACAUAUGAUUGAUGGAGAGAUAUCUGCUCUGCUACCUCGUAGGAGGCAAAGAAACUGUUCAGAUGCCUUCCACACAUUCAGUUAUCCAGAUGAUGAUGAUGAAUCUCAUCAUCGAUUCUGCUCCCUCUCUUCAAGUUCAUCAUUCCAAGAAUCAAUAUUAGAUUUAGUCAGUAAACCUGAGGAAGCAUCAAAUGGAUAUUAUUGGCUCCAUGCUAUUAUUGUUGCAGAUGAUUUGCUUGAUGAUACCAGUUCACGAUGCUCUUCACAAGGGACAUAUUCCAACUUGAAUUACUAUUCUGUGGAUGACCAGGACUACAAUGUGGCUUCAAUCAGAAAGGAUAAACUUCCCAUCAUAAGGUGUCACAGGAACACAAGGUUUUCCCCCAGUGAAGACUUAAGCAAUUGCCACCAGAGUAAAGCUUUAGUAGGAUCGCAUGAUUCUACUAGUAAAAGUAAGAUAAUGAUAGACAAUCGUAGACUGACAAGGAACAGAUCGUUAAUUGAUAUACGGAGCCAAUUAUUACACCGAUCACUGGUUGAGGAGGUAAACAAAAGACGGUUAUUCAAUACAGUUGGUGCAGUGGAAGAUAUUGGAUUUCAGACACCUUGUGAUGUUUCCAGAAAAAAGUCACAGCCUGUAUGUGUUGCUUUAAAUGAUAACUCUUCAAAGGAUGGCAAGGGAGAAAAACUGAAGACGUAAGCAUUUAGAAAUGAGUGUCUCUUGAGAAUUGAUAAUAAAAUAGAUGAAAUGCAUAAUCUUCUAUUUUUUGGGCUUGAGAAGAUGAUCAGGUUGAUUUAUUAUGGGGUCAUCAGAUUUCCAAGGAAUGAUUUGAAGGAAGUGUUGAUAUUAAAGGUUGGUCAUUAAGGUACUUGAAUAAUUGCACUACUAGGGGAGUGGGUUCAAAUGAAUGUAAUUAUGUAUAUAGAUGUAUAUGGAGUGUGCUGAACAAAAAUAAAUG